CAAGUUUCUUCUACGCACCAUGAUCAGCUGGCAAGUCACUGAGAAGACCACUGAUGUGAAAUGGCAACUCGACAACGACGUCAUCAAAUGCGACAUAUAAGAAGAAUGUCGAUUCAUCUUUAUCGUUCACAUUCAAACCACCAACUUCAAAACUAAAACUUACAUUCAACCAACGCGCCCUGCAUUAAGAUGGACAAAGACUGCACUUGUACCAGUGACUGCGGCGCAUGUGCCCCCUCGGGCACUGGCUGUACUUGCCCCAUGAAUAGUUGCGACUGCGACAAGUGCGACAACUGUGACAACAAGCCAGAAUCUUCGCAAUGCGACUGUGGUCCCUCAGGCACUGGUUGUACUUGCCCCAAGAAUAAUUGCAAGUGUGACAACUGUGACAGCUGUGUCAACAAGCAACACUCUUCACAAUGCGACUGUGGUCCCUCGGGUAUUGGCUGUACUUGCUCCAAGAAUAAUUGUAACUGCGACAACUGUGACAGCUGUGUCAACAAGCAACACUCUUCGCAAUGCGACUGCAAAGGUACAGGUGUCAGCUGCGACUGUACCAAUCAGCAGCGGGCGUGCAACUGUGCAACGAAGUAGUCGUCUACAUGAUCACAGAUUCAUCAGAAGAUCCCGCCGAGUAUUCAGCCCCUUUUAUUUGGGACGACCUUUGUAUCGGUACCGCAUGAUGUUGUAUUACUAUAGUAACCGAUAGUUCUUUAGGUCAUCCUCUUCGUGACAUUGUCUCUUCUUGAAUCCGAAAAUACAAGAAACCUCAAAACA